AUGGUCGGCCCGGCUGCGAAAAGUCCUGUUCUGCGGAGGAUACGGGGGAAGAAGACGGCGGCGAAUUCGCGCCGUGAGCAGCCCUCGCUGUACUCGGAGGACCCGGAGGCCUUUCUGUCCCUCCCCGCUAUUAAUAAGACGGGGGGAGGGAGAAGAAGAGGAGGAGGAGGAGGAGGAGGAGGAGGAGGAGGAGUAAGAGAAGGAGAAGGAGGAGUAGGAGGAGUAGGAGGAGUAGGAGGAGUAGGAGGAGUAGGAGGAGUAGGAGAAGGAGGCGGAGGAGGUGGAGGAGGCGGAGGAGGCGGAGGAGCUGCUAGCGGGCCGCGCCGCUGCUGUCUGCCAAAGUCGGUCGGCUGCCAGUUCCCCGCACCCAUCCUCUCGGCCAUCGACCACGAGCGAGACACCGUGCUGGUAAAAUCCGAUUACUCUGCUUUCCAGUCGGAUGACCUCCUCCUCUCCUUCCGCACGCAGUUCGUCAGGGAACUCUACAUCUGCGGCUCGCUGUCCAAUGUCUCGGUGUACGCCACGGCGCUCGAUGCGGUUUCGCAUGGCUUGGACGUUACGCUUGUCGAGGACUGCCUGGGCUUCAGAAGCUUUUCGCGCCAUGAAGAGGCCAUGAGGCGCAUGGCCGACAUGAUGGGGGCCAAUGGCAUCACGAGCAAGGAGUUGACAGAGGAGCAGGAUUGGGAGGAGGCGGCUGUGCCUCCGGAGCAGUGGCCGGAGCAGUCCACCCCCUCCACCCCCGUGGGAAUCGAGGCGGACAUGGAUAUCCUCGCUGUCAAAUCUCCCCGGCAAUCCACGCGGUCGACGCCCAGGAGGGGCAGAGGGCACACACCCUCCGCCUCCCUGGAUGAUGCCCGCGGCACCACCCUGGAGUCUGAAAACGAACCGUGUGAAGGCGAUGUUCUACGACGGCCUCAUAUACGGCGGGCCGCAUCCCGCUCCCAGGAUUCUUCCCACCCCUGUGCCGCCGCGUCUACCCCUGCGGCUCUCAGACUGAAAUCCAACCGUGCGCGCAUGAGAAGGCCCCGAAGGUCAGUUUCCCAAGAUGAGACAAAUCAGACCGCCGACCAACCGCAGUCGCCGUCGCAGUCGCAAUCCCAAUCUCAACCCCAAUCGCAAUCCCAAUCCCAAUCUCAACCCAAAUCGCAAUCCCAAUCCCAACCCCAACCUCAAUCCCAACCCCAAUCCCAACCCCAACCUCAACCCCAACCCCAAUCCCAACCCCAACCUCAACCCCAACCCCAAUCCCAACCCCAACCUCAACCCCAACCCCAACCCCAACCCCAACCCCAACCCCAACCCCAAUCCCAACCCCAAUCUCAACCCCAACCCCAAUCCCAGCUUCGGUCGCGGAGGCACCCGCUCGACACCACCACCUCGCCAGCCGAUCCUUCUUCCCGUGGCGUAACACGGUCUGGAAGAAGCACACGAGCCCAAAACACCCUCCUCGGCCCCAAUGACAGAAUAGGCGAGGGCGACUCCCGAAUCCUCUACGAUCUACCUCUACCCCCCAAAACCUUCGACCUGCUCCGCGACGAGGUGAACUGGCAGAAAAUGUACCACAUGUCCGGCCAGGUGCCGCGGCUGGUAGGCGUCCAGGGCGCAAUGCAGUUGGACAAUUCGGUCCCCGUCUACCGGCACCCGGCCGACGAGUCGCCCGCCCUCUUGCCGUUCUCGAAAACUGUCAAUGCGGUGCGCCGGGUCGUCGAGAAGCAGCUUGGGCACCCGCUUAAUCAUGUUCUCAUUCAGCUGUAUCGGGAUGGCCUGGAUCGCAUUUCGGAACAUUCGGAUAAAACGCUCGAUAUCCAGCGGGGCUCUUAUAUCUGCAAUGUCAGCCUCGGGGCGCAGAGGACGAUGACGCUGCGGACUAAACCUUCGGCGAAUGCGAGGGGUGGAGCUGCUGCUGCUGGUGCUGCUGGUGCUGAUACGGAUGCUAUUGCUGGUGCUGAUACGGAUGCGGAUGCGGAUGCUGACACCGACGCUGGCGGUAGAGCUUCAAAGGGCAAGGGAAGCUCCAGGGCAUCAACCCGCCGAACCCAAAAGGUCCCCUUGCCACACAACUCCCUCUUCAUCCUCGGCGAGAAGACAAACAUGCGCUGGCUCCACGCCAUCCGCGCCGACAAACGGCCCGCCGCCGCAAAGCUGCCUGAAGAACUCGCCUUCGGCGGCGAGCGCAUCUCCCUCACCUUCCGCCACAUCGCCACCUUCAUCAACCCGGACACAGACACCAUCUGGGGCCAGGGGGCGAUUUCCAAAACCAAGCAAUCGGCCGGCCGCAUCGUGCAUGCGAGGCUGCGAGCGACCGAUGAUCAGGCGUUUGGCAGGAGAUCAGCAGACGAUCGCUGGGAGCCAUUAUGGGCGGCGGUUGAUGUUGUCACUUCUCCACGGCGUUGGUGGGGAAGCUGUUGCGCUGCGGGGAUGAGGUGGCGGACCUGA